UGAUAUUGAUUAUAAAAAGGCUAUAGUAUUAGAAAUCGUUUGGUAUUGUUUAUGAUGCCUUUGCAACCAAUGUUGCAUUCGUUUGAUUUGCAAUGGAUUCCAAAGUAUUAUCGACAUUCCUUCUUUUUAGUGUUAUCGUGCUGGCUGUGAUUCAUGCUGAGCCAUUUCAACAAAUGCGUGUGGUUUUGGAAAAUGGAAUAUCAAAUGAUUUUCAUGGGAAUAUAGCACCUUUUAAAAAAAUCCUUGAGAAAUACUAUUAUAUCGAACAGAACAUCAAAGUUAAUUGGUAUACAGCUUUGCACAAAUGCCGUGAGUUGGGCAGUAAUUUGGUGAAUUUUCAGAGCGAUAAGGAAUAUGAUGCGGUGCUAAGCGAAUUAAAUGUGAGAAAGUGCUAUUGGAUCGAUCUUAACGAUCUCGGUGAACAGUUUAAAUUCCACUCCAUGACAACUGGACUUCCGAUCAGCUUUAAUAGAUGGGGCAGAGUGGAACCGAAUAAUAUGGGAAAAAAUGAACGUUGUGUACAAUUAAUAGACUAUCGCAGACAAAAGUUAAUCAUGAACGACAAUCAAUGUGAUCGAUUGUGUUCCUUUAUAUGCCAGACCAAUUUACCACUGCAAACUAAUUUUGUGGUCUGGUUAAACUAAGAAUAUAUAAAUAUAAUAUAUUUUACUCUAUUUACUAAUCGAAAGCUUAUGAUUCAUUUAAGUUCAAGGCAGUAACGCGAAUAGAAUAAAAUACAAUCAUUUUAUAAUUUUCAAUUAUCAUAAUAUUAAUUGAUAGUUAACUUUAAAAUGAAAGUGGGGCCAUUAUAAAUAUGGCAAAAUUUUUUAACGUUGAUUAUUAAUUAUGAAUUUAGUUCAAAUCGACCUCAUUU